AACAGUCAUAAUUCUUAGAACAUGCCGCCAGACAGUAAAGUUUGCACUAAGAUUCUACUCCAACUGGCAAAGUGAUGCCCACCUAAUCAUAAUAAUUUUACUAACACUAUAAUUAGCUAUUAAACUUAACUACAUAUAUAUACUUUAUAUAUCGCUUCAAACUACACAACUUAGAAAUAAAUUAGCUAGCUUAGCUUUUUAGUGAAAAACACCAAAACAAUGAGUCAUCGAUAUCAUUAUAGUUUAGUUUCUGCCCUGUUAAUUGGACUCUGCUUAUUUACGCCUUACACUGCAACUUCACUUAGUACAAAUUAUUACGCAAAAACAUGUCCUAACGUCGAAAAAAUCGUUAGGCAAGCCGUGCAGAAGAAAAUCCAGCAAACCUUCGUUACUAUCCCCGGUACUCUUCGCCUCUUCUUCCAUGAUUGCUUUGUCAAUGGAUGUGAUGCUUCGGUUAUCAUUCAAUCGACGAGUAACAACAAGGCAGAAAAGGAUCAUCCAGACAAUCUUUCACUAGCGGGAGAUGGAUUUGACACCGUGAUUAAGGCAAAAGCCGCGGUUGAUGCUGUUCCAGGAUGUACUAAUAAUGUUUCUUGUGCUGAUAUUCUUGCCCUUGCUACUCGCGAUGUUGUUAAUCUGUCUGGUGGACCGUUUUGGCAAGUAGAAUUGGGAAGACUUGACGGGUUGAUAUCAACAGCAACAAGUGUAAAUGGAAGAUUACCGCAACCUUCAGAUGAUUUGAAUCGCCUUAAUUCUUUAUUUGCUUCUAAUGGCCUCUCCCAAGCUGAGAUGGUUGCUCUCUCAGGGGCACAUACGGUGGGAUUUUCUCACUGCAACAAGUUCUCUAACCGGAUAUACGGGUUCACACCAAGUAACCCGAUUGACCCAACCCUGAACCCGCAAUUUGCUGCCCAAUUGCAAAGCAUGUGCCCUAAAAAUGUGGAUCCUAGAAUUGCUGUUAACAUGGAUGUACAAUCACCUAGGGUGUUUGAUAACGCUUACUACAAAAACUUGAUAAAUGGAAAGGGCCUUUUUACUUCGGAUCAAGUCCUAUAUACAGAUAAAAGAACUAGGGGCAUUGUUACAAGUUGGGCCCAAAGUUCUCAAAGCUUUAAACAGGCUUUUGCCCAGUCCAUGAUCAGAUUGGGUCGGGUCGGAGUCAAGAAUUCCAAGAAUGGUAAUAUUCGAAUUCGAUGUGAUGCCUUCAACUAAUACUCUAGUAGAUGAAUUCUCUUUUAGCUAGCAAGCUACUAGUAUAAGUGUACACUCGUAGAAGUAUUCUUUUUGUUAUAUCUUCUAUUGGAAAUAAAGGAAGUAAUGAAAAAAUUGAAUUACUUCUUUUUCCUUUAUUGUUUGUAAAUUCUAAAAAUUGUGAAUUUGUAAGAUUUUAAGUCAUGAUCUAAUAAUUAGUAAUAUGUACUCCC